AUGCGCUGGGAUUUGGAGUUGCGAAAUGUGGCGAAGCGUCGUACGCCGUCCACGUUAUCAUCCAAUGUGCUAGUGGAUGCAGACGAAUAUACUUAUACCAUUUACGAUGGCUACCCGAAAGCGCAGUACCAUUUCUUGAUUGUGCCUCGUCUGCCCUGCUCCAUCGAAGGAAAAGGGCCAGGAGGGAAGAUAGAUGUCACUACAAACGACCUAAAUACCCUCAGCACCCUGCUUGCCAGUGGGCAUGCUGAGCCGAUCCUCGAACGGUUGGCACGCGCAAGCGAACGUGUACACGGUCACGGCGUGUAUGAGCCCGACAAGCCGCCAUCCGGGUCCGAAUGGGGCAUCCACUGUGGCUUCCAUGCUGUGCCAUCCAUGCGUCAUUUGCACCUGCACGUCAUUUCCGAUGACUUUGUCUCAGACCGAUUGAAAUAUCGCAAACAUUACCUAUCUUUCCACCCCACAUUGGACCACUUUGUUACGUUGGAAGAUGCGCUGGCAAUGGCCCGCCAAGGCGUACGAGAAGUAGGUGGCAUCACGAACUAA